AUGACAGUAAAAGAAAAAACUCUGUCUUCAACUGAUCCUGAAUUGGCUAAAUUUUUCAGUCGAAUUGGUGAAUCAUUUUUGGAGAUGGGACAAUAUUCACAAGCACUUGAAUAUUACGAAGCAGAUCUUAAGUUCAAAGAAAAAAGUCUGCCUUCAAAUCAUCUCGAUUUAGCUAAAUGUUACACCAAUAUGGGUUUAGUAUAUCGUGAAAUGGGUGACUUUUCAAAAGCUCUUUCAUUUUUCGAAACGGCACUUGCUAUUCGACAAAAAUCACUUCCACCAACGCAUCCUGAUAUUCAAAAAUCGAUAGAAAAUAUUGAUUUUGUAAAAAAUAAACUAUGA